AUGAAGAAUAGGAUUAUAUUCUGCGCUGCAAUCUGCUUGGCCUUACUAGCUGUUAUUCUCCUGGCAGUGCUCUCGCCAGUAUCUCACAAAAAGCAGGCCAAGCACGACAGAAAGCCACCCUGGACAGAUCUAUCCCUCUACAUCCAACGACCACAUUCUAAAGCAAAUGCCAGACCUAACAAUAUGCAGCCUGUAACCAUACCAGAUUCUGGAGUUUUUGUCUUCCGAAGAAUGCUCACUAAGGGGCCUGAGAACACAUCCCAAAUUGUUGGAAACGCUCAAGGUUUCAUCAUCCCUAGCGAACAAUUUGCUCGUUCGUCGUUCAAUAUCAUCUAUUUGAGUUUCAACACACCUGAAUAUUCGGGGAGCUUGGGUGUCCAUGCCAAACAUAUUGGGCAUGAGAAUAGAGAAGAAAUGACGGUGGUUGGGGGGACAGGCUCUUUUGCUUUUGCACAAGGGGUGGCUAUUUUUCUUCAGACAGAGAGGCAGACAUUUAAUAGCGAUACAUCUUAUCAUCUAAAGCUUCAACUUCAAUUCCCCAAGUGA